CCAGUUUCUUUAGCUCUCUCUCAUAAUUUAAAAACACCCCUCUUGGUAUGGCUCAUAUUCUUUUAUAUAUAUAUGGCUGAACCCACCUUAAUAUUCUCCUAGAGAUCACAAUGACCACUCUAAACAAGCAAAUGAAAGGAUUCAAAUCCUUUUACAAGUCUCGUGAUGGAGGUCGGAAUGUACCUACACGUGAGCCUGUUUCGACGAGUUCAAUGGAUAAAACAUCAAUUUACAAGUAUAACUGGUUGGGUAGGAAAACUAAGAAAGCAACUGAUCAGCACGGCCGCGGCGGCGAGGAAAUAAUGGGAGGAAGAAAAGUGGUGGUUGAAGGUAGGAAGUCAGUUUCUCAUGUGGAAACAAAUUUGGGAUCAGUGGCUGCAUUUCUUCAAGUGAAAGUAUUGGUAUCAGACAUGCCUGAAAUUAUGCAAAUUCAAGCUUUUAGGACUGCAAGGAGAAGUUAUGAUAGUUUGGAGAAGUUCAGCUCAAAACAUAUGGCUUACAAUAUUAAAAAGGAGUUUGAUAAAGUUCAUGGGCCAGCUUGGCAUUGUAUUGUGGGUUCAAGUUUUGGGUCAUUUGUGACCCACUCAACAGGUUGUUUCCUUUAUUUUUCAAUGGAGAAACUGUACAUUUUGUUGUUUAGAACUAAGAUUCAGAAAGCUACUGAAUGAGUUUGAGUUCAUAGAGAAUAAUGAAUCUAUGUAAAGGCAUUUGAUCAUCAUACAAAAGCAAUUUGUUCUACUUCUCCCCUAUUUCUAAUAGUUAUUGUAAUUUAAAAGAGAAGUUAGGCUAAUGGUUUGUUGGAUGAAAUCCUUUUCAAAUUGUCAACUACUAUUGCUUUUUAGUCCAACUACUUUAUUU